CAUGAUUGUGCCAGAGGCUGCAAUCACGGAAGAGCGGAGGUGAAGUGGCGGGGUUCCAAAAACGGUUAGCGCUGCCCCGCACGUCCGGGGUCGUCAUCUCCACCGCCAUCUGCACCUCCAAUCAUCAUCAUCAUCGCAUUCCACACUCUCGAAGCCAUCCACACACUCUCACUCCCAGCAUGCCUUACUCCCUCUGGCUCGUGCCGUACGACGACAGCCCGUUCACCAAAACCACCCAAGAACUGAUCAACGACACCGUGCCCCGUCAGUUCCUGGCCGAAAAAGACUACCAGGCAUUCCCUCCGCAUGUCACGCUGACUUCAGACGUCGACCUGGGUGGCAAGUCGCCCCAAGAAUGGCUGGACUCGUUGCAGUUCGGAGAGGACUACAAACCGCAACAUCAUGAGGUCCUCAUCGAGCUCGACACGGUCACCGCAGAGGAUCCAAAGUUCCGCAAGAUGAACAUAUCCGUCAAGGAAAAUGAGAAUCUGAAGAAACUGGCAGCCUCCUGCCGACAGCAGACUCAUUCAGUCUCGGCGGAGCAAGCGCAAGCCUGGGCAAAAGACGAAUACCGCCCGCACAUGAGCUUGUUGUACGCCGAUGUUCCCACGCAGGAUGUCGAGAGGAAGAUUCCACUCAUCGAAAUGAAGAUUGGCUUUGCCUAUGGGGAUUUGUUUGCGUGCUGUGGUGGCUCCUUUUCCAUGGGGGGUCUGAUCACUGUUGUCGACACUUCAAGCAACGAAACAAAGGACUGGAAGCGCGUGGCGCAACGAGAGACGCCAUGGGCAAUGUGGAGGGCGACGAGGAAUUUGAUCUGA